AUGUCCUAUAUACAAACAAUUUUGUAUAUAUUUCAGGAUGAGGAUGACAGCGACGACUCUGAUGAUGAAUCUGAUGAAAGUGAUGAAGAGACACCAAAGAAGGUUGAACCUAGCAAGAAAAGACCUGCAGAGUCAGCUGCCAAAACACCUUCUACAGAUAAGAAGGCAAAAGCAACACCACAGAGAACUGAUAGCAAGAAAGGUGGUGUCCAUGUGGCCACACCCCACCCCUCUAAACAGACUGCGAAGACUUCUGCCAACAAGCCAAACCAGCAGACUCCUAAAUCAGCUGGAUCACAUACCUGCAAGAGCUGCAACAGGACAUUUAAUUCUGAGAAUGGUCUGGAGUCCCACACAAAGGCUAAGCACAGCGGUGGAAAGUAA